AAACCGAAGCGAAGGGCUCCGUUUGGUUUGGAUUUUAGAUUUUUCGAGUUUUCAGUUUCUUUUUCGCUUUCCCUUCUGUUGUUGUUCCUGUUUUUUUUCCACCCAAAUAAUCAGGAUUUUAUGCUGUUCCUUUAAAUUAUUUAUUUUCUUUCUUUUUCAUUUCCUUUCUCUUCUAUCAAAUUCAGGGCUCGAAAAAUAUCUUUUAUCAUUGUCUGCGGAUUUCCUGGGUUUUUUUUUUUCCUCAUCGAUCGAUACCGACAUAAAAAAGAAUAUAAGGAGAAACAAAUAACCUUGACUAUCGAAUUAACGAGAAAUCUAAGCAAACACUCAGAGAACAAGAAAAGAAACCAUGGGUUCUGAGCAGAAUGAAGGAACCAGCUUUCCACCGUCCGAGCCGAAGCUUUGCGCCAACGGGUGUGGGUUUUUUGGCACGGCGGCGAAUAUGAACCUCUGCUCCAAGUGUUAUCGGGACCUCCGGGCUGGGGAGGAGCAAGCUGCUAAAGCGAAAGCUGCCAUGGAGAAAUCCCUCAGCGUCAAAACGAAGCAGAAGGGUGUCGUUGUGGAGACGUUUAAACCUGCUGAGGAGCUGCCUCGUGUGGGUUCCUCAUCAACGGCGGUUAAGCAACCGGCUGUUGUUAUCGCUGGUGAUAAACAGGCGGAACCAAAGGUGGCGAACAGGUGCUUUAUCUGCAGAAAGAAGGUUGGAUUGACGGGGUUUAAGUGCAGGUGUGGGAGUACAUUCUGUGGGGAGCACCGGUACCCGGAAAAACACGAGUGCUCCUUUGAUUUCAAGGGUGCUGGACGUGAUGCGAUUGCCAAGGCAAAUCCUGUUGUUAAAGCUGACAAGGUGGAAAGGUUCUGAAAGCUGGGGGCUUGGAGGCACUUUGCGUGAGUUGUGUUCUUCAAUGGGUUUGCCUUUUCUUUCUUGCCCUCUCGAGUUUUUGAGGGUUCUAUUAGAUUUAGGGCCAGUGGAAAAUUGCGGGGUGUUUUAAUUUUCUUGCUAGUGUUUUGUGGGGGUUGGAAUUGGACAGUAUUGGGGCGGCCUAGUUUGAUUCCAUAAUAAAAUGGAUCAAUGAACGUUUAGCUUUCAGUUUACUUUGAAUGUUUCUGGCUUGAUCUUCAUUAUAUCCAUAUUUAUUAGGUAUAUAUAAUUUUCAUGCUAUGAGAUUGUAAUUCUCAUGAACUUCUUUUAUUCCUUCAUAUUCUGGUUUCCCACCAUGCUUGUUCUCUGGUUACAACACAAUGUGCCUUAUGGAAAGAUACCUGUUGUCCACCACUCUUCAGGAUGCUGUUUCUUUUACAUUCAAAAUCCCCAGUUUUACCUCA